GAGAGAAAAUGGCGAGUUGUUGCUGUUAGGAAGCUAUGUGAUCGGGUAUUAGAAUUAUAUGCUCAAAGACUUGAAUGUUAUUAGUGUUAAAUGUAGUUACUUUGUAAGGUGCUCUAGAACAUCGUGGACAGCACCAUGACAGCAAAUAUGUAUAGAGUUGGAGAUUAUGUUUACUUUGAAACUUCUUCCACAUCACCAUACCAGAUAAGAAGGAUAGAAGAAUUAAAUAAGACACCAAAUGGCAAUGUGGAAGCCAAAGUCAUGUGUUUCUUCAGGCGACGGGACUUACCCAACACACUUAUUAUGUUGGCUGACAAACAUCAAAUGGCUUCUUCCGAGGAAUCGCCCGUCGCCAUGAAACUGAAGAAGAUGUGGUUGAAAGCGCCGGUAUCCGAAGACGGAGACACGAAUCUAGGUGCCUUAGAAGAGGAGUGUGAGAGUCAGGGUAGAGAAAAGGAGCAACAAUUAAAUGGGAAGCAGCGUCACCAGCUGAAACACCGGGAACUCUUUCUGUCUCGGCAGGUGGAGACGCUCCCUGCGACUCACAUCAGGGGCAAAUGUUCCGUCACUCUUCUUAAUGAGACAGAAUCCCUCCUCAGCUAUCUGAACAAAGACGAUACCUUUUUCUACUGUUUGGUGUUUGACCCAACACAUAAAACUCUCUUAGCGGACAAGGGGGAAAUUCGAGUUGGCAGCAGAUAUCAAGCUGAUCCACCAUCUGUGUUGAAAGAAGAUGAUUCUGAUAAUCGAAAUCUUGAGGACUUGGAAACAUUGGUCUGGACACCAUCACAUCACCUCACUGAUAGGCAAAUUGACCAAUUUCUAGUUAUCUCCAGAUCAGUGGGAACGUUUGCUCGUGCUCUGGACUGCUCAAGCUCUGUGAAGCAACCGAGUCUUCACAUGAGCGCUGCAGCUGCAUCACGAGACAUUACAUUGUUCCACGCAAUGGACACUCUCCACAAGCACUCGUACAAUAUGGCUGAUGCUAUCAGCUCACUAGUUCCCUCAACAGGUCCUGUCCUCUGUCGUGAUGAGAUGGAAGAGUGGUCGGCCUCUGAGGCAAAUCUUUUUGAGGAAGCGCUUGAAAAAUAUGGAAAAGAUUUCAAUGAUAUUCGACAAGACUUUCUUCCAUGGAAGACACUGAAGAAUAUAAUAGAGUAUUAUUAUAUGUGGAAAACGACCGAUAGAUAUGUCCAGCAAAAGAGAGUGAAAGCCGUUGAAGCAGAAUCUAAAUUAAAGCAGGUCUACAUUCCUAAUUAUAAUAAACCAAACCCAGCAGUAAUAAAUAACAACAAAAGUGUUGUGAAUGGGAACAGCAACGGAGAGCCUCCCGUUGGUGGCAAAGCUUGUGAAUCAUGUAGUGUAACAAUCUCCAGUCAAUGGUAUGCGUGGGGACCAUCACAUAUGCAGUGCAAACUUUGCCACAGUUGUUGGCUGUAUUGGAAGAAGUAUGGUGGACUCAAAGUACCUUCAAGAAUAGGAGAGAAUGAUGCUGACAGCAAAAAGAAGUCUGGGAGCAUGUCGGAUGAUGAACGAUUGCCGUCAAGUAUGGCGUCUCAUAGGCCACAUCGAUGCAGUUUAGUCAACUGUGGAAAGGAGUUCAAGUUAAAAGCACAUCUUGCUCGACAUUAUGCCACAGCUCAUGGUCUAGCAAUCAGGUCUGGUUCUCCACGCCCAAUAAUGAAGACACGCACUGCCUUCUAUUUAUGUACUACACCUCUUACCCGUAUCUCUCGUCGGCUUUGUCGGCAUCUGAUCCAGCCACGUCAUGCAGCUAGAGCACCGUUCUGGCCAAUCAACGUACCUUCUGUAAAACAGGAAUGUCAGGUCCACAUGGCUGGAAAGUCAUUAUUGGAGUUGAAAGAUCUACUUAGAUAUCGGAAGAAGGAGCGAGGGAGUGUAACUCAUAUUGCCAAUCGUUUGGGCCAGUCCAAUCUCAUCACACCAGAAUGGCUAAUCCUUACUGCCAAAGAUAUGAUGCCCAAACCAGAGCAUGUGUCAUUUCCAAAACCACCAAAAGCUCCAGAUGGCACAUUGUUAUAUGAGCGUGUGCCAAACAAACCUGAAGCAGAGAAGGCAGCAAUGAACAAUAUAUCACCUUCACUACUUAAACGAAGAGCAUAUGAAGAAGUAAAUGGUAUGGAUGAUUUGGAUUGGGAUGAAGGUAUUGUAGUACCACAGCCUGGCCCUCCUGCCAAGCGCCCCAACAAGGAAGUGGGACCAGUACGAGGCACUGAAGCAUUUUCUCCAAUGAUGGGUCGAUCUGUCAUUAAUCACCUCAAUGGAAAAGCCAAAAUAGCUACAAUGACCCGCUCAGGCAGUGGUCGCAAGCAAGUGAUCUCCUGGAUGGAUGCUCCUGAUGAUGUCUACUUUCGAUCCACAGAUGGAACCAAGAAAAUGAGAAGACAGCUGACGGGAACAGAACUUCGAAGGGCAGCUAGAAAACCUUGGAGAAAAUUGAACGUGAGGGGCAUGGAUGAACUAGUGGUAAUUCUGGACUGACAGAGUGACAUGACUGGGUGUCAGUAAUUUUCCUCUGGCGCUAGAGUCUUGUGUUUUCUACCCAAAGGAGGAUUAGAAGUGUGGCUCAUUCCGCCACCUUCCUGUGAUGGGCGGGUAGACCAGUGCAGAUGGUGCUUGUUGGUGUGUGUGUGAAUAGUUGAUCUCCAUCUAUGUGAAGAAAAGAGGCGUGAUGUUUAUGUGAACAUAGUCAUAAAGGCAAUAAUUUUUGAUGUACUAUAAUAUUUAAUUGGACUUAAAGUUAAACAUUGCCAACAGCAGGAUACAAACUCACUCUUGUGUGCACAAGCAAUUUUCCCACCAGGUCAGCUGUUCAUGUGAGUGGGUGAAGGUGUGAACUAUUAAGCACAAGUUUCAGUGUGUCCACUGGUAUUAUCUUGAUUGAAGGUAGCGAAAGGAAAUAAACUUUGUUAAAAUUUGAAUUCCAGUUCUGCACAGAUGGAAAGGAAGAUGAUAAGUAUUUUCAUGGUUCCCUUCUAUAGUAAUUUUUUAAUGAAAGAUUGGUAUAUUUUACAGACUAAUGCUUGAGUGCAGUUCCAGUAUUGGAUGUUUACUGUUGACCAUUCCUCUUUCUUCAGUCUUAACAGAACAGUAUAAUGUAAGCUUGCAGCCACCUCCUUAUAUAAGAAACAGUAUUUCUUUGGGUGGGCCAAUAUGGGGUUAGAGUCUCAAAGCAUCAUUACUUUUUGCUCAUGAUGCUCUCUUGUUUUAAUUUAAAGCACAAAAAGUAAUACUAUACGUAAUCAUUCUUCUGAAAUACUGCAGUGUUUGGAUCUGGUGCUUGCUGAAAUUACUGAAUAUGUAAAGGAUGACUGCAUGCCAUGUUUUGAGUCUGUGUUGCCAAGGAACUGUUUUUGUUACGUUGGUUAUAAAGUUGUGGGUCAAUGACUUUACUGCACAGAGUACAGUAGUUGCUGUAUUGUGUUGUGGGCUUGCUACAUUGUCGAGUGGAAUGGUGCUGCAAAAAAGGAUUGGUUUUUACAGAGGUGGUGAAGAAGACUAUGCCCUUCUGAAGUGAACUGGGUUGUGAUGUACAAGUUACAAAAUGAGGAGAAACAGCAUGAGUCCAACAAUAGUUGUACAUUUUGAAUGAAUCGGUUUUGUAACAGGGAAGGAAGUGGAAUCUCAAGAAACAGAGGUACCAAGUGAUAGAUUUUUAUAUAUACGUUGUAUCCACAUCUACAUCCCAUAUUCUAUUUAAACAUUUUUCUCUUCCCAGUGUUGACUGUUCAGAAUCACAAUGCACAAGUGAUAUGGUAAUAUGCAGGGAGCACAAAGACUCUUCAUAAUCUUGCCUGCACGCAAACAGUUGCUCUUUGUUUGCAUGCAGGGGUGUAAGAACAAUUUUUUUUUGAAUGAAUGAAUGUUCAAGAACCGUUUGUAAAGUACAAGAAGAACUAUUCUCAGUUCUGUUUCAUUCAAGAGUGACUUUUCAUCUUGUUUGAUGAGAUAUUGUAAUUUAAUAUUUGAAUGAAUAUUGAGGAUCUUA